AUGGAGACUCCGUUACCCCGCGGGUGGAAGCCCCUCCACCUUGACCGCUACGACGGCACUACGGACCCCGAUGAGCACGUCGACGCGUACACGACUCAGGUAAACCUUUACACUAACAGUGACGCUAUACUGUGCAGGGUCUUCCCGACCUCGCUUAAAGGACCCGCGCUCCAUUGGUACACCCAACUGCCGGCAGGGUCCAUUGACAGUUUCACCACCUUGGUGCGGCGGUUCACGGCACAGUACGCCACCAGCCGACCUCACCACACAACCUCGGCCGCCUUGGCCAACCUCAGACAGAAUGACGACGAGCCCCUACGGGCCUUCAUGGAGCGCUUCUCUAACAUAUCAGUCCGGAUCCGAAAUCUAAACCCGGAAGUCGCCCUACACGCCAUGCUCAUGGCACUGAAACCCGGAUCGUUCGUCGACAGCCUAUGUCGCGACGCCCCUCGCGAUAUGGACGAACUGCGCGCCCGCGCCGCCGGCUACAUUCAAAUGGAGGAGCACGCGGCCUUCCGCGACCAGGUUCGCGGUAAGGGCCCCGCCAAACCAGAACAGGGCCACAAAGACAAGGUUAAAGUCAACAACGACAGCCAAUUCAAGAAGUCGGCCAGGACAAACAGAGUCGGGAGGUACGACUUCUACACCCCUCUGAACGCCCCAAGAGUCCACAUUCUGGAGGAAGCCAGUAACAACAACCUGCUAGACCUCCCACCACCCGGCCACACACCAAACAGUGCUGACAAGUCCAAGCACUGCCGGUACCACAGGAACUAUGGCCACACCACGGACGAGUGCCGCACGCUCCGAGACCGCAUUGAAGAACUUAUCCAGGCGGGCCACCUUGGCCACUACGUCCAGUGA